AGGAGAAUGUAAGUUAGAGUUCUGGGUUCUAUUCUCAACCAUCCCCAACUGCCAUCCUUGGAGUGGACAACAGUGAAAACAGGUUUAGAGAUAAGUGGGAGAGAAGAAUUUGACAUUGUGUCGUAGCAACUGAAAAAGGACAAUUGCCAUCCUGCUUCACAUUUGGGCUGGGGAACUGAGAUGUCCUUGGCAAAAGGUUCUGUCUAAUAUCCAUCUACUAUCUUUUGUAGGAGACUUUGGUGUGAGAAUGCGGCAGUGGUUUGCCAUAAAUGCCCAGCUGGGCACUUUUCUCUCUGGUGUCUUCACUAUCUUUGCAACCAACAUGUACGUUGUGUUUGAAGAGAAACACAUGGUAAAACUCAAUUGUACUGAGCAAAAUGAGGAAGAAAAUCUUAAUGUUAUAAAUGACUUUAUCAUCUGUUGGAGCUAUAAGAUCACCCUCUGCUUGUCACUUAUCACCAUCUUCAUCAGCUGUUUCCUCUUGUACUCUGUACAUGCCCAGAUCUAUAAAGGCAUGGUGAUCUAUGUCAUCUGGAUUAUCUUCUAUGAAGCUGUCAACUCCCUACUGCAGAUCCUGACCAACAAGCCUAAUGACAAGUCCCCUUCAGAAGUGAAGUUUUUACGCUGGUUUGGCUUGAUUUCCCGUAUUUUCAUGCAUGCGUUCUGGCUUUUUUUUGUGAUCACAUAUGCUCAUAAAGUAUACAAAAAGCAGGUGCAAACUAAUAUCACUUCCUACACCAACCGUCUCUCUACCAGUAUGGAAUCAAAGCGAGAGAGUUCAUACUACCCAAAUUUUCCAAAGCUCAGUUCCAGAGCUCCCAGAUCAACAUAAAAAAAGCCAAUCCUUUAACCAAGAGGCAAGAUUUCUGGAUCCAGGACUCUUAGAUCUAAUUCUCACUCUUUUUAAUUUUCUCAAAUUUGAAUUUGGAAUUGAAUUUGAAUUUGAAACUUGAAUUUUCUAAAAUCUCCAGUUUCUCUAAUAGUUCUGUCAAACUGGAGUCACUCAGUUUGAGAUGCUUGGUAGAGUUGUGGACUUUUUUUGGUGGAGGUGAGGGGGAGUUGUAUGUGAAGGAGUAUCAUUAGGUGGGCAGAGGAAGGAAAUUGUAAAUAAGUUCAUAUUCGGAAUGUUCUGCUUAGGUUAAUAAUUGUUUAGAGAAGUAAGGUGAUAAGGAUAAAAAAAGUGAAAUAAAGAUACAUUUCAAGGUAACUGUCUCUGUAUUUCAUAUAUCCAUAUUUGACCAGUAAAACCAACUUGGAACUAUUGUCCUUCUCAUUCAUUUUAUUUUAGUCUCCAAGUAUCAGAGGCAGAAUCAUUCAUAUCUAUAUCCCAGUCCAUUAAAGGUUAUACAAAGGAAUCUGUAAUGCACACUAAUAUUCAUAUGAGGGGACCAGUUUAAUUCUACAGUUAAGGAGUAUUUGUUGAAUGGAAAUUGUUGGAUGAAAUUGAUGAGAGGAGAGUCAUUGGAUGAGAGAACAAUGUAAUGCCAUAAGAAAUCCUAUCUCUCUACUAUCUACCUCAAAAAUAGUGCUAGAAAGGGAACAAAAUUACCUUAACAAAACCUAACAAACCUAACCAUACCUAACAAUUGCCUAACAAAAUAGGGAAGAAAAAUAUUCAAAUAAAUGAACAAAGAAAAAAUGCAACACAAUGAAAUUAAUUUUCUAGAUUAAAAGAAAUCAAAGCAAAAAUACCUGAAGAAAAAUGAACUGAGGGUUGUUCUGAAUUGGGCCUGAUUGAGGUCAGUCCCCAAUAG